AUGGCAGCCGACGAGAAGGAUCCCUUGAGCUAUUUCGCUGCUUACGGGAGCAGCAGCUCAGGCUCCUCUGCUGAGGAAGACAACAGUGAGCCGGAGGAGACGAACUGCAGAAUGCCGGAUCCAGCGAAGCCUACAGGCGGCUGUGGAAACAAGGUGGAGAAACGGCUGCCGGGACCCGAUGAGCUGUUCAGGAGCGUGACUCGCCCGGCCUUUCUCUACAAUCCUCUCAACAAGCAGAUAGAUUGGGAGAGGCACGUCGUCAAGGCGCCUGAGGAGCCUCCAAAAGAAUUCAAAGUAUGGAAGUCAAAUUAUGUCCCACCUCCGGAGACCUACACUACUGAGAAGAAACCACCUCCGCCAGAGCUGGAUAUGGCGAUAAAAUGGUCAAACAUAUAUGAGGACAAUGGUGAUGAUGCCCCCCAGAAUGCUAAGAAAGCCAGGCUUCUGCCAGAGGGGGAGGAGACAGUGGAAUCAGAUGAUGAAAAAGAAGAACAUACAUCAAAAAAACGCAAGAUGGAAUCAGGAGAAGCAGCAAAGAAGAAAAAGUAG